AUGUCAACAUCGAGCCAGGUCAAGAUCGAUACCCACCACCACUUCAUCCCUGAUUUCUACAGAAAGGCGGUCGAAAAUGCCGGCGGAGACCCCUCCGGCUUCCCAACUCCAGAAUGGACCCCCGAGUCCGACCAAGCAGCCAUGCAGACAAACGGGAUAAAAACAUCCAUCCUGUCCAUAACAUCCCCAGGCCCAGUAAUCGCCGGCAGCGACGCAGACGCACGCACUCUAGCCCGGCAAGCAAACGAAUACGCUGCAUCCCUCCGCGACGCCCACCCCUCCCAAUACGGCUUCUUCGCCGCCAUGCCCAACCUGCUCGACACGCAGGGCACUCUCGCCGAAAUCUCGCACGCCUUCGACACCCUCCACGCCGACGGCGUCACCCUCUUCACCCGCUACGGCGUCAAGAACCAGUACCUCGGCCACCCGGAGUACAUCCCCAUCUGGGAAGAACUGAACGCUCGCCACGCCGUCGUCUUCAUCCACCCGACCCACCCCAUCGAUCCGCACAGGGUCAACGACCUCUUCGCGCAGUCGACGGUGGAUUAUCCGCACGAGACGAGCCGGGCGGCGAUCGACUUGAUCUCGACGGGUACGAAGCGCAGGUUUUCGAGCUGUAAGGUCAUUCUCUCGCAUGCGGGGGGGACACUGCUCUGGCUUAUUUCGAGGGUUACACCGUCGUUGAGGGGGGUGGGUGUCCCCGACGGGACGAAGUCUUAUGAAGAGUGGAUGCAGGAUUUCAGGUCUUUUUAUUUUGAUCUUGCGCUGUCGAGCUCGGAGUUGGUUUUGUCGGCGCUGCUGGCUGCUGUGCCGCAUGAUCGUAUUUUCUACGGGUCUGACUCGCCAUAUGCACCUGCGGAUAAGAUUGCUCGGUUCAAGGUUGAUCUUGAUGAUUAUCCAUUGGAUGCAGGGCUCAGAGACAAGAUCUAUUUCAAGAAUGCUCUGGCUGUAUUGCCCCGAUUGGCCCAGGAGCAUGCUAAAUCUCAGUCUUAG